CUUCUUCAGAAGAGUUGCCGUUUGAUUUUUGGUACCUAUGAGAACCCGCCUUUUCGGCACCCACCUAUCCCCUUCCUUUGGACUCGCUACUCACAGCUGAAGAAAAGGAUUAUCGAUAGGAUUGUUUGUUGGAAGAACUUGAACAUCUACUCCAAUCUUUGGAUUUCUACAAGCGGCAAAGUUAAGCAGUCUUUGUAACCAGGAGAAGUUCUUUGUAAAAGGAGAAAACAAAAUUCUCCGGAUUCAGCCUCUCUCGUUCCCCAAGAAAAAACUAAACGGGAUCAGUCCGAUCCAGGACUUUGGGCCAAGUCUAGACAUCCCAUCUGAUACUAAGGCAGAACAGCUGGAUGGGAAACACAUCUGGACCUUCAUAGAGCUCCUAGCGCCCUCUGCAGCCAGCCGGGCCUGGGACAGGAGGACCGGUGAGAGGGACUCACGAUCUCACACCCCUCCAAUUCCUUACCACACCCGCGGACCCCACCCAGUCCGAUCUAUGAGGCAAGGCGGGAGCCCCCAACUUCUCGAUACAGAAACAGGGCGUGGGGAUACCAGAUCCCACGGAACCUGCGGGGCCGUUGCAAACGCUCCGCCCGCUGUGAACUUCCUCCUCCUCCCUCCUCUCCACCCCUUUCACCCCUUGCUGCCAGCUUGCGCCGGGUGGCGGGGCGCCGGAGACACGCGGCUGUGUCCGCGGUGCACUUGGGGCGCUUUUCUCUGCCCGUUGGUGCACAACUUUUGAGCUGCGUGCGGCUUGUUGGAUGUCCCGAACAGGGAGAGCAUGGCUUGGAAAGAAAAUCGAGAGGCUGGCUCCCCAGGAGUGGCCAUCUGGAAGGCGGUGAUUAUCCUCUGCCUUCAGAUCCCGAGAAUCCAUCCCUACAACUUGGACACGGAAAACCCGCUACUCUUUAACGGACCCAAAGGGACCUUGUUUGGUUAUUCAGUCGUCUUGCACAGCCAUGGGGACAACAGAUGGCUUGUGGUGGGAGCCCCCACCGCCAACUGGCAAACCAACGCUUCAGUGGUCAACCCUGGUGCAGUUUUCAGAUGCAAGAUUGGAGAAAAUCCUAAUUGGACUUGCGAACAACUACAGCUGGGCAGCCCUGCUGGAGACUACUGUGGAAAGACAUGUUUAGGAGAAAGAGACAAUCAAUGGUUGGGAGUCAGUCUUUCCAGACAGCCAAAAGACAAUGGAACUAUUGUGGCUUGUGGACAUCGAUGGAAAAAUAUAUAUUACAUGAAAAAUGAAUAUAAGCUUCCUAGUGGUGUUUGUUACCUAAUGCCUCCUGACAUGAGAACAGAGCACAGUAAAAGAAUGGCUCCCUGUUAUCAAGAUAAUCUAAAAAAAUUUGGAGAACAGUAUACAUCAUGUCAAGCUGGAAUAUCUAGUUUUCACACAGAAGAUUUAAUUGUCAUGGGAGCCCCUGGAUCACAUUACUGGACAGGUUCACUCUUUGUGUACAGCAUUACAGCGAACAAGUACAAGGCUUUUGUGGACAGACAGAAUAAAGUAAAAUUUGGAAGCUAUCUAGGGUAUGCUGUUGGUGCUGGUCAUUUUCGAGAUCACCAACGUACAGAAGUAGUUGGAGGAGCUCCACAACAUGAACAGAUUGGUAAAGCAUACAUAUUCAGUGUUGAAGCAAGGGAACUGAAUAUAAUAUAUGAAAUGAAGGGGAAAAAGCUCGGUUCAUAUUUUGGAGCUUCAGUUUGUGCUGUGGAUCUCAAUGCAGAUGGCCUCUCAGAUUUACUUGUUGGUGCUCCUAUGCACAGUAUUGUCAGGGAAGAAGGAAGAGUUUUUGUUUACAUCAACUUGGGCUCAGAAGCAAAAAUGAAAGAAAUGGAAACUGAACUAGUUGGAAGUGACUCAUAUGCUGCAAGAUUUGGAGAAUCCAUAGUCAAUCUAGGGGACAUUGAUAAUGAUGGCUUUGAAGAUGUUGCCAUUGGAGCACCUCAAGAAGAUGAUUUACAUGGAGCUAUUUAUAUUUACAAUGGCAGAAUAGAUGGGAUAUCACCAUCCUUUUCACAAAGAAUCCAAGGACUUCAGAUCAGCCAGACCUUAAGCAUGUUUGGGCAAUCAAUAUCUGGAGGCAUUGAUGCAGAUCAUAAUGGAUAUUCAGAUGUAGCAGUUGGUGCCUUUCGGUCUGAUUCUGCUGUGGUGCUGAGGACAAGACCAGUAGUGAUUGUUGAGGCUUCUUUAAAACAUCCUCAAUCAGUGAACCGAACUAAAUUUGAAUGUACUGAAAAUGGACAACCUUCUGUAUGCAUGGACCUGAUCCUCUGCUUUUCAUAUAGAGGCCGAGCAGUUCCAGGCUAUAUUGUUUUGCUUUAUAAUAUGAGCCUGGAUGUGGGCAGAAAGGCUGACUCCCCAUCAAGAUUUUACUUUUCUGCUAAUGGAACAUCAGAUGUAAUUUCAGGAAGCAUCAGUGUAUCCAAUAUUACAGAAAACUGCAAGAGUCAUCAAGCAUUUAUGCGGAAAGAUGUAAGGGAUAUCCUUACUCCAAUUCAUGUUGAAGCAUCUUAUCAACUUGGGCAUCAUGUGAUCAGUAAAAGCAGCAUUGAUGGAUUUUCACCUCUUCAGCCAAUUCUUCAGCAGAAGAAAGAAAAAGAUAUAAUUAAAGAAAAGAUAACCUUUGCAAGGUUUUGCAGCCGUGAAAAUUGUUCUGCUGACCUACAAGUGUCUGCAAAAAUUGGAUUUCCAAAGCCACAUGAAAACAAAAAUUAUCUUGCAGUUGGAAGUAUGAAGACAUUAAUGUUGAAUGUUUCAUUGACUAAUGCUGGAGAUGAUGCAUAUGAUACAACUUUACACAUUCAUCUACCCAAAGGUCUUUACUUCAUUAAAAUUUUAGAACUGGAAGAAAAACAAGUGUAUUGUGAAGUAACAACCAAUUUGGGUGUAGUGAAACUUGUCUGUAGGGUUGGUCAUAUAUACAUGGAUCAUCUUUCAAAGGAAAAUCUUAGUUUUCUCCUGGAUGCAAGUUCACUUAGCAAAGCAGAAGAUGAUCUCAUCAUUACAAUUAAUGCUACCUGUGAAAAUGAAUGGGACAUGGACAGUCUGUUGGAUAAUAAUAUAACUUUAAGAAUACCCCUGAAGUAUGAGAUUAUGCUAAAUGUUCAUGGAUUUGUAACACCAGCAUCAUUUAUUUAUGGACCAAGUGAGGAAAAUGAACCUGAAGCUUGUAUGAUGGAGAAAAUCAAUUUUACUUUCCAUGUUAUCAAUGCUGGACCUAGCAUGGCUCCUAAUGUGAGUGUGGAGAUCAUGAUACCUAAUUCAUUUACCCCAUAUCACAACAAACUAUUCAACAUUUUGGAUGUCCAGACAACAGCUGGAAAAUGUGAUUUUGAUGAUUAUCAAAGGGUGUGCACUUUAUCACAAGAAAAGAGAAAAAUCGAACCACUAAAAGAUAUAGUUAAUUUCUUUUCAAAGACUGAUAAAAGGCUGAUGUACUGUCUAAAAAAUGAUCUACAUUGUUUAGUUUUCUCCUGCAAUUUUGGAAAAAUGGAAAGUGGAAAAGAAGCCAGUGUCCACAUUCAUUUGGAAGGUCGACCAUUAAUUUUAGAAAUGGAUGAGACCUCUGCACUCAAGUUUGAAGUAAAAGCUACAGUCUCACCAGAGCCACAUGCAAAAAUUGUUGAACUACACAAGGAUGAAAAUAUUGCAUACGUCCAUCUGGAAGGAUUGCAUCACCAAAAGCCAAAACCAUAUUUUCGUAUGAUGAUUAUAGCAACCAGUUUUAUACUGGGUUUCACUGUAUUUUUAUUCCUUUCAUACAUCAUGUGGAAGGCAGGUUUCUUUAAAAGAGAAUACAAAGCUAUUCUUCAAGAGGAAAAUAGAAGAGACAGUUGGAGCUAUGUCAACAGCAAUAAAGAGAAUUAAAGACUUCUUUAAAGUAUACCAGUCUCAGGUUAACUAAAAAGAUGGAAGACACUUCUUACAAGAAAACGUUGUCAACUGAAUUUUCCUGUUUACUCAUCUUGAUGUUCUUUUAGUGGGGGAAAAAGCUUAAAUUUGACCAUGUGGUAUAAUGCAUUAUAAUUCAAAUAAAGGAUCUCAAUGGUCAUUGUUAUUUCAAGAAAAAUGAAGAAGAGAUAUCUGAAAUAAUCAAAGACAGCAUUUUUCUCAUGUGUCAGAAGGAUUGAAGAACACUAAAAAAUUUUAUUUUCUUAUGCUAAGUAGUUCUCUGAAGAAAUUGUGGGAUGCCAGCAUACGUGAAUUGAGAUAAAUCAUGGAAAGAAUAAGUAACUCAAUUUAGCAAACCUUUUUACUUGAAGCAUUCUUUUGAAUACAUGUACUUUCUAGCUGUACUCAUUAUAGUGAUGAAACAAACUCUUAUCAAAUGGACAUAAGUUGCUUUGGAAGAAAUAGUUGACAUAUUUAAAGUAAAUCUUCUUGAAGUAUUGUUCAUUGCAUUUCAAAGGGCUGUUUUCAGAUCUUCCUAUAUAAGAUGAUCAGAAAAGGAUUACCUUAUGUUAAAACAAGUGCAUCUUUAAUAAUCUUUGAUUAUAACUUGCUUCACUUGGAUUCCAAUCAACAACUAUUUAUUAAACAGCUUAUAAUACUUAAUAACUGAAGAAAAUAAUAGCUGAAUUUUAUAUAUAUAUAUAAAAUAUACUGAUCAAACAUGAGACUAAAAGGUUUGUACUAUAAGAGGGUAAAUGAUGUGUGGGGGUUUUUUAGGUCUAUGGAUUAACGUACACAUAUAUGUAAAAUAAGCAUUAUUAUGUAUAAGAAUAUAGAAAAUUCAUUUGUGCUUCUUCAGCUUGUGUGAAUAUAUAUAUAUGUAUAUAUAUAUACAUAUAUAUAUAUAUAUAUAUAUAUACAUAUAUUCACAAUAUACUUUCUUCCAUGGUAACCAUGAACAAAUCAAAGAAAAUAGUUUUUUUAACUGAUUGUUUGUAAAUUUGAAAAAGUAUUUACUUCCAUGAUAUUUUUAAUAUUGAGACAACAGAUUGUGAGUGUUGCACUUUAGCUAAUAUCUGAAUAGGAAAUACACCGAUGUAUAUGAUGUAUGUAUUGUGAAAACCAUACCUCACUAAAGAUGAAAACAGCAUUAAAGCUGUUUAGGGAUAACCAUUAUACAGAAAUACUUCUAUGAUUGGAGAAUAAUGAAAUGCACUAAUAUAUAUUUGAAUAGUAAUGUGUUCUAUUCAACUUCUAGUAUUAAAUGAAUAUUCAUCAGUUUUUAUUUUGUUUUUGUUUUUUCACAAGAUGGACAAGAAAUCAAAAAUGUAAGCAUACUAAAAUAUUUGGGAAUUGAAGGAUAAAUACAAAGAAUCUAAAUAUAGCAAAUAUUUCCAUUAAAAUGUAAAGUAAUUUUUAAAGUCAUGAAAUAGUUUUUUACAGGUUUUUAGGUAAUUUAUGUUGUAUUUGCAAAUGGAAAUGCAUUUCAGUUGUACUAUUUAUUACAUGUAUAUUAAUAAGAUGAUAGAAAAAGUAGGCAAAUACAAUUUUAUCAGAAUCUGCUUGUCUGUAUCUUUGUAUAUGUGGCAAAAUAUAUAACUUUUUAAAAACCUGAUAAAAUCUGUUUCACAGUUAUCUAGCUCUUUGAUUUAUCUUUGUAGCUCUUUAUUUUGUUGUUGAUUAAAUGUAAAAUA